AUGUCCGGGACGGACGGCAAGGAUGGUGCCCGAGUCGACCUGCCCCGCUCAUCCAAACGUUUCGGCCCUGACAGCUCUCACGGGCGAUCCAAUCCUUUCAACGCCAUAUCUCCGCUGUCCGGCGGCGUAUCAUCCCCGUCCACUAAUGCGUCGUCCGCCUUCGGUCUAGGAUCUGGCGCUUUCGCCUCGUUUGGCGCCCCGAAGACCCCAGGUGGCACAUCGGAUAUGAAAACUCCUGGAGAGAAGCGGGAUAUAUCCGGUGAUCACGAGGAGGCGGCCGGGACUAAAGCGCUGGCGAACCCUCCAACCUCCGGUCCUGGGGAACACCCGCUCAAGGCUACCUGGAUUGUCUGGUACCGCCCUCCGACCCCCAAGUACUCCGAUUACGAGAAGUCCACGGUGCCACUGGCGUCGAUAUCAUCAGUGGAGAGCUUUUGGGCGGUGUAUUCUCAUCUGAAGCGGCCAUCGCAGCUGCCCACAGUGUCUGACUACCACAUUUUCAAGAAGGGCAUUCGCCCGGUGUGGGAAGAUGAGGCUAACAAGCGAGGUGGAAAGUGGAUUGUUCGGUUGAAGAAGGGUGUCGCGGACCGGUACUGGGAGGAUCUGCUGCUGGCCAUGGUGGGCGAUCAGUUCGCGGAGGCUGGCGAUGAGGUCUGUGGUGCCGUGUUGAGCGUACGAGGUGGCGAGGAUGUGUUGAGUGUGUGGACUAAGAUCGAUGGCGGUCGGAACAUUAAGAUCAGAGAAACGAUAAAGCGCCUGCUCGCCUUCCCACUGGACACCAACAUCGUCUGGAAGAGCCAUGAUGACAGCAUUGCUCAACGGUCCGCCAUUGACCAAGCACGUCACGAGAAGGCUACGGCCGGUAACUCUGGAAGCCAUAUCGGAACAGAACGACGACGCACUGGCCAUGAGGAAUCGGACAAAGGCAAGGGAACCAGUUUGUGA